GGAAAUCAGCCCCAAAAAGCAAACCAAAUUUAAACCUCAAACACAGAGAAAAUGAGAAAUUCCAAAUUCCAAAUCCAAAGAAACAAGUCAAAACAUUUCUUCCUUACAUCUCACAUUCGUCUUCCUCCCGCUGCUUCCGCUCGUUUGUCGCAUAAACCAUCCUUAAAUUCCUUCAAAAUCCCAGCUUCUGAUUACCCACCUCAAAUUAACAACACAAGCAAAAAACAUGCCGUAUUCAAAUUUGUCCCAAAUGCCCACAAUUGGUGGCGGCAAUACACCCACCACCGACGACGACGACGGCGAUCAAGUAAAGGAGCUCGGGUCACGGAUUCCAGCCCGAAACUCAAUCAGCUCGACCCGGAUGAGCUUUUCUUCGCCCAGGGGUUCGUUGGGGUCGCCGACGCCUUCUCAAUUGUCCCUUCUCUCCCUCUCUCCGUCGUCUUCCACGAACGGCUACCUGAGCGGCGCGUAUGAACCCAAAAAAGCGAAGAAGCACAAGAAAAACACGUGGUAUAGGCAGAAUAUGACCGUGGGAUUGGCGGUGUUCGUGGGUUUCUUCUUGUUGAUGAACUGGUGGAUGCUUUCUCGGAUCCAGGAACGGGGCCGGACACGUGGCGAUGUCACGGUUCAGUACUUGAAAUCAAACUCCACCACUGUAUUCAUCCGGGAAGAACUACAUAAAAUUGGUAGAGGGAAUAAACCGCAAAAAACUACGUACGCGAGGCUUUUGUCCAAGGCUGCUCAUGCAUUGGCUGAGGGAGAAAGCAAGGCUGAGCCUAAGGACUUGUGGGCGGAACCCUAUGUCCGUGCUUCUUCAUGGACCCCUUGUUCUCAUACACACAACUGGAAACCGAGCGAGGGCAAGAAUGGUUAUGUCAUGGUUACCGCAAACGGUGGAAUUAAUCAGCAGCGAGUUGCUGUCUGCAAUGCAGUUGCUAUAGUGAGAUUACUCAACGCAACUCUAGUGCUUCCCAAAUUUAUGUACAGCAGUGUCUGGCAAGAUUCUAGUCAGUUCGGCGAUAUUUAUCAGGACCAGCAUUUCAUUGACUAUUUAAAGCCCGAUAUCCCAAUUAUUGAAGAACUCCCAAAGGAAUUACAGUCGCUUGAUUUAGAGGCGAUUGGCAGUGUGGUCACAGACACAGAUAUCGUAAAAGAGGCGAAGCCAAGUUUUUACUUAAAAUACAUUCUUCCCAUUUUACACCUCAACAGAGUCGUUCAUUUCGUCGGAUUUGGGAACAGAUUAGCAUCCGAUCCAAUACCACACGAGUUGCAGAGACUUCGAUGCAGAUGCAAUUUCCACGCCCUAAGAUUUAUCCCCAAAAUACAAGAAGCCGGUGCUUUGCUUAUCAAUAGAAUGCGUCAAAAUGAUAAAGGCUUGGGGCAUUUGGACCAUUAUCUUGUGGGCCCGUUUGCACAAUCGACGAAUAAGGGCCAAAAAACCCGUUCAGCUAAAAAGUCAAGAUACUUAGCCUUGCAUCUGAGAUUUGAAAUCGACAUGGUGGCUCAUUCUUUGUGUGAAUUCGGUGGAGGUGAAGAGGAAAUGCGCGAAUUGGAGGCUUAUCGAGAAGUCCAUUUCCCUGCAUUGGUCGAAUUAAAGAAGACGAAAAAGUUUCCGUCGCCGAAAGAAUUAAGAUCCGAAGGACUAUGUCCAUUGAUGCCAGAGGAGACAGUGCUUAUGCUUGCUGCCCUUGGUUUCAAUAGGCGGACCCACAUAUAUUUAGCCGGUGCACAUAUUUACGGAGGGAGUUCAAGACUCGCUGCAUUGACUACCUUGUUCCCUAAUUUAGUCACCAAAGAAAAUUUGUUAUCGUCAACCGAAAUCUUGCCAUUUUCAAAUUCUUCGUCUCAGCUGGCAGCUCUCGAUUUCAUAGUAUGCACAGCUGCGGAUGUGUUUGCCAUGACAGAUUCCGGGAGUCAAUUUUCUUCUUUAGUAGCUGGUUACAGAAUAUAUUACGGUGGUGGUAAAAUGGCUACAAUACGGCCAAACAAACGGCGCCUAGCCGACAUUUUUGAGAGAAACAACACAAUAGAGUGGAAGGUUUUCGAGACGAGAGUGAGGAAGGCUGUGAGACAGAAUAAACGGGUAUUUUCUCGACCCAUCGGAAGAAGUGUGUAUAGAUAUCCACGAUGUCGUGAUUGUAUGUGCUAUAACGAAUAAUUUAUUUUAUUUUUUAAUUUUAUUUUUGCUGUGUAAUAUCAGCAAAUUUCGGGGUUUUUGUAAAUCUGUAGUGUUUCAUUCAUAUUGAGUUAAUUGAUCCAG